AAAAUAUAAUGCACAUCUGCUUACGUAAUAAAAGUAUAUUUUUUCCAUGUUGCAGAAUUGUCGAGCUGAAAGACUCAGUUGAUGAUGUCAAUCUUGGCUUCAAUAAGCUCUCAUCUAUUUCCCUGGAGUUUUGCAUGCUUCAUAAAUUGACACAUUUGGAUAUCAGAAAUAAUUUUUUGGCAUCUUUACCUGAGGAAAUGGAGGCACUGACAAGACUGCAAGUAAUAAAUCUUUCCUUUAAUAGGUUUAAAGUAUUUCCCGGUGUCCUUUAUCGCCUGCUGGCCCUGGAGACCAUCCUGCUCAGUAACAACCAGGUGGGGUCCAUCGAUGCUCUGCGGCUGCAGAAGAUGGACAAGCUGGGGACCCUGGACCUUCAGAACAACGACCUCCUCCAGGUGCCCCCAGAGCUGGGCAACUGUGACACGCUGAGGACACUCCUGCUAGAAGGAAAUCCCUUCCGUACGCCCCGAGCAGCCGUUCUGGCAAAGGGAACAGCCGCGGUGCUGGAAUACCUCAGGAGCCGAAUUCCUGCUUAG